GACAUGGAGGGUGCCCUGACUGCCAGGGACCGUGUGGGAAUCCAGGAUUUUGUACUGCUGGAUGAAACCACGGAAGCUGCCUUUCUGAGCAACCUCAAGAAACGCUUCAGCAAGGAUCUCAUCUAUACUUACAUUGGAACGUUGUUAGUCUCUGUCAAUCCAUAUAAAGAGCUGGACAUCUACAACAAGAAGCAGAUGGAUAUCUACAUGGGUGUCAACUUUUUUGAGCUGCCGCCCCACAUUUAUGCCUUGGCGGAUAAUGCGUACCACACCAUGCUGACAGAGUUCAACAAUCACUUCAUCCUCAUCUCUGGUGAGAGCGGAGCAGGAAAAACAGAGGCCUCCAAGAAGAUUUUGCAGUAUUAUGCCGUCAGCUGUCCAAGCACCACUCUGCUAAACACAGUCAGAGACAAAAUGCUCAUGUCCAACCCCGUCCUGGAGGCUUUUGGAAAUGCCAAAACACUAAAAAAUGACAACUCAAGCCGAUUUGGGAAAUAUAUGGACAUCCAGUUUGACAGCCAGGGGGAUGCUGUUGGAGGCCAUAUCCUGAACUACCUGCUGGAGAAAUCAAGGGUUGUGCAUCAGAAUCACGGGGAGAGAAACUUUCACAUCUUUUAUCAGCUGGUAGAGGGAGGAUCAGAUGACUUGCUGCAUCAGCUGGGCUUGGAGAGAGGUUGCCAGCAUUAUAACUAUCUAACACAGGGGCAGUGUCCCAUUGUGCCCUCCAUUAAUGACAAAAACGACUGGAAAACAGUAAAAAACGCACUUCAAAUCAUCAGCUUUGAUGAGACUGCCACCAAUCACUUGUUUGAGGUCAUUGCAAGCGUUCUCCACCUGGGGAAUGUGCGGUUUGACUCUGAUAGUAAAGGUCACGCCCUCCUGAACAACAACACAGAGCUGCACUGGGUCUCAAAUCUGCUAGGAGUGGAUGCACACAGACUUCAAGAGGGCCUAACAUUCAGGAAGAUUGAAGCCAAAAAAGAUCAGGUCCUCAGCCCUUUCACAACUGAUCACGCCAUCUAUGCCAGAGAUGCCUUAGCCAAAGCUAUCUAUGGGCAGACCUUCACCUGGCUGGUCAACAGGAUCAACGAGUCAAUGGAGAACGAAGACCCUUCACGAAAGACUGUUAUAGGGCUUUUGGACAUAUAUGGAUUUGAGGUUUUCUAUGUAAACAGUUUUGAGCAGUUCUGUAUAAACUAUUGCAACGAGAAGCUGCAGCAGCUUUUUAUUGAGCUGACACUAAAAUCGGAGCAGGAAGAAUAUGAAGCAGAGGGCAUUGAGUGGGAGCCAGUUCAGUUCUUCAACAAUAAGAUCAUCUGUGAUCUAAUCGAGGAAAAACACACAGGAAUUAUAUCAUUACUGGAUGAGGAGUGUCUAAGGCCAGGAGAUGCCACAGAUCUGACCUUCCUGGAGAGACUGGAAGAAAAGAUGGGGAAUCACCCCCACUUUGUCACGCACAAACUAGCUGACAAAAUGACACGUAAGACUCUGGAGAGGGGAGAUUUCCGUCUCUUGCAUUAUGCCGGGGAGGUCACCUACUGUGUUGUGGGUUUCCUGGACAAAAACAACGACCUACUAUAUAGAAACAUAAAAGAUCUUAUGUGUCAGUCUAAAAAUGACAUAGUCAAAGAGUGCUUCUCAUCCAUGGAUCCAGACAGCAGGAGAAGACCAGAAACAGUGGUGACUCAGUUUAAGAGCAGUCUGCAGAAGCUGACAGAGAUCCUCGUGGCUAAAGAGGCCUGGUACAUACGCUGCCUGAAAUCUAACGAGUCCAAGCAGUCAGGUCAGUUUGAUGAAGCACUGAUCAGGCAUCAGGUGAAGUACCUGGGUCUGAUGGAGCACCUCAGAGUCAGACGAGCUGGUUUUGCUUACAGACGUAAAUACGACGUUUUUUUGAAGAGAUAUAAACCAUUGUGCCCAGCCACCUGGCCACACUGGAGAGGAGUAGCCGCCGAUGGAGUGGAAGUGCUGGUUCAACAUCUGGGCUACCUGCCAGAUGAGUACAAAAUGGGACGGACCAAAAUUUUCAUCCGUCACCCCAGGACACUGUUCGCCACAGAGGAUGCUUAUGAGAAAUGCAAACAUGAACUGGCAACACGCAUCCAGGCAAAAUACAAAGGCUACAGGGCAAAGGGAGAAUACAGGAAACAGAAAGAAGCUGCCACUAAGAUUGAAUCUUGUUGGAGAGGAACACAGGCUAGGAAGGAGAAGGAGAAGAGAGCCUGGGCGGUAAAAGUCAUCAAGAAAUUUAUCAAAGGCUACAUGACCAGAGGGCAGGCAAAAAACACAGAUAACUCAGAGUACCUGGCCUUCGUGAGGCAAAAUUACCUGAACAGACUUAGAGACAACCUGCCAAAGACCGUUUUGGAUAAAACCCCCUGGCUAACUCCACCAGCUGUGCUCACAGAGACAUCAGAGAUGCUGCGUAAGCUUCACUACCGUCUUAUGGUGCGGAAAUAUGUGCGAGGAAUCACACCGCAGAAGAAAGCACAGUUCGAAAUGAAGCUGAUCACCAGCUCCGUCUUCAAGGGGAAAAAGGACAGUUAUCCACAGAGUGUUGCCCAUCCAUUUGCGGACACCAGAAUCAGCGAGGAAGACAUAAACACAAGGGUCAUCCAGAUGAUUCGCAACGAGCGUAUAAAGUACUGCGUUCCAGUAAUUAAGUAUGACAGGAAUGGCUUCAAACCGAGGCAGCGACAGCUCAUCCUCACCCAGACAGCUGUCUAUGUGGUAGAGGAAGCCAAGAUCAAGCAGAGAGUGCUGUACACCUCUCUCAAAGAGAUUUCUGUCAGUAACUUGACUGACAGCACCAUUGUAUUCCACAUAACACGUGAAGAACCUAAACAAAAGGGGGAUCUGGUAGUACAGUGCGACCAUUUAUUUGAGCUUUUGACCAAACUCUGUGUCAUUGCUAACAAACAAAAUGCCAUCAAGGUGGUUCAGGGCAGCAUCAACUUUGAAAUCCAGGCUGGAAAAGGAGGAGCAGUGGACUUUAGCACUGGGCCUGAGCCUAUGGUAUACAAGGCCAAGAAUGGUCACCUGAUGGUGGAGACCACUAAGGAGAUGAUCACCAUGUCUGCAGAAAACACAUCUGCCCAGAAAGAGAUGAACCUGAGGAAUCUUGGAUGA